AUGGUUGGAACGAACAGUGCCGAAGGGGGACAGGCCUUUCAUCGGCUCGGAUUUUAUCAAGAUUCGCAUAACUUUGAUCUUGAUAAGGGUGUUCCAAGAGAAGUCUUCAAAAAUCUUUUUGUCAAAUCGAUCAUUAGAGACUACUUUAACGGUUCAAAGGAUGUCGAGCAGGAACUUCUCAUUAGGUAUUCUGGAUUGUGGAUCUCAGAUAUUGAACAGGCCAGGAAACUUGUUGCACUGUUCGGAGAUUUCAUGCAGCAUGCCCCGUCAGUGAAAACACUUAGGCAUCAUGCUAAACUAGCAGCCGGUAAAAAGACAUACCAGUAUUAUUUUGCGCACGAACCGACAACAACUAAUCGAAGAAGACCCUGGUUUCAAGGUGCUGACCACGCAGAAGAAUUGACGUUUGUGUUUGGGCCGGAAGUGAUGUACCCUCCUGGAACAAAUGUGUCAAAGGAGGAGAGACAGUUUUCUCGGACAAUAAUGAAAUAUUGGUCGAACUUUGCUAAGACUGGGUAA